GAUUACAGGUGUUGGCAAAAUAAUAGCCCCCUCUUCCCUCUCUGUCUGUCCUCUCUAGAGUUCCAGAGGUCAGGAGUGGACUUGACCCGGCCAGUGGUUGCCACAUGUGGUAGUGGUGAACGGAGAAAUGCUGGUAUAAUUAUACCAUCACCAAAAAGAGCGUUGUUGUUGUUGUUGUAGGGGGUCGUGGAGUGAGUGGAGACGAGAGCUCCUCUCCAGACAGUGACAACUGGAGUUACUCAACUACCACACAACACUCCAUCCUAGUUACUAGUUAGCUACAAUGACAUACAUUAUGUUUGUCACUGUAUGUAACAAUAAGCAUGGUGUAUUUUGACAAGUUGUACAA